UAAAAUUAAUGAAAUGGAAAGUGAACUAAAUGAAAAUAAUUUGGACUUUAUGUCGCUAAAUUUUCAAAAAUCUUAUUUCAUCGAAGAAAAUAAAAAACUUUCAAAAAUGAAUAAGGAUAGUUUUGAACAAAUUAACAAUCUUUUAAAUCAAGUGAAUUAUUUAGCAGAGAUUAUUCGAAAUCAAUCAAAAGAAAAAAUUUUAAACCAUAAAAAAGACAAAAUCGAGACUUCUGCAUAUGGUUUUGGUUUAGGAAUUGAGAUUCUUACUAUAUUUGAGAUACAUCUAAAAUAUAAAUGCC